CCGGCGGGCCGGCGGGCGGGCGGGGAGCACGGGGCGCAGCGGGGCGCUCUGGCCGGCGGUGGGGCCCCAGCAUGGCCGAGCCGCUGCUCAGGAAAACCUUCUCCCGCCUGCGGGGCCGGGAGAAACUUCCCCGGAAAAAGUCGGACGCCAAGGAGCAUGGCCGGCCUGCCCAGCCCCCUGCGCCCAGCCCCCUGGAGCCAGAAGCCCAGGCGCCAGAAGGGCUCCCGGCGGGAGCAGAGGGGGCGCCCAGCCCCGAGCCCUCCCGGAGCCCGGCCCGCGGCGUGUACCUGCAGAGCCUGGAGCCCAGCAGCCGCCGGUGGGUGCUGAGCGGAGCCAAGCCCCCGGAGGAGGCGGCCGCGGGGCCCCGUGCGCCUGGCACCGGCGAGCCGGCGGGGGAGAUCUGGUACAACCCUAUCCCCGAGGAGGACCCCCGGCCUGCGGCGCAGCCGGCGUCGGACGCGCCAGGUACCGCCCCCGGCAGCCCGCCCCCCAAGGCGUCGCGCACCAAGUCCCCGGGGCCCGCCCGGCGCCUGUCCCUGAAGAUGAGGAAGCUGCCGGAGCUGCGGCGCCGCCUGAGCUUGCGGAGCAGCCGUGCGGGCCGGGAGCGCGAGCGGGCGGCACCCGCGGGCUCCGUCAUCAGCCGCUACCACCUGGACAGCAGCGUGGGCACCCCGGGCCGGGCGGCGGCGACCCCGCGAGCUGGCCACCUCAGCGACGGCGACUCUCCGGAGCGGCCGACGGGGCCACCGUCGCCCGCCGCCUUCCGGCCCUACGAGGCGGACGCGGGGGGCGCGCGGGUGCCCCCGGCCGCGCUCUGGGGCCGCCUCAGCCUGCACCUGUGCGGGCUCGGGGGGCUGCGGCCGGCGCCCGGGGCCGCCCCGCGGGACCUCUACUGCCUGCUGCAGGUGGACGGCGUGGCGCGAGCCCGCACUGGGCCACUGCGCGCUGGCCCCGACUUCCUGCGGCUGGACCACACUUUCCACCUGGAGCUCGAGGCCGCGCAGCUGCUGCGGGCACUGGUGCUGGCGUGGGACCCUGGCGUCCGGCGCCACCGGCCAUGUGCCCAAGGCGCGGUGCUGCUGCCCACGGUCUUCCGAGGCUGCCAGGCCCAGCAGCUGGCUGUUAGCCUCGAGCCCCAGGGACUGCUGUAUGCCAAGCUGACCCUCUCAGAGCAACGGGAAGCUCCCGGCUCAGCAGAGCCCCGCGUCUUCGGGCUGCCCCUGUCGCUGCUGGUGGAGCGGGAGAAGCCGCCCGGCCAGGUGCCCCUCAUCAUCCAGAAGUGCGUCGGGCAGAUCGAGCGCCGCGGGUUGCGGGUUGUGGGGCUAUACCGCCUGUGCGGCUCAGCAGCCGUGAAGAAAGAGCUUCGGGAUGCGUUUGAACGGGACAGUGCAGCUGUCUGCCUCUCUGAGGACCUGUACCCAGAUAUCAACGUCAUCACCGGCAUCCUCAAGGACUACCUAAGGGAGCUGCCCACACCGCUCAUCACCCAGCCCCUCUACCAGGUGGUGCUGGAGACCAUGGCCCGAGGGCCCACCAGCAGGGCACCCCCGAGCACUGAGAGCACUCGAGAGCUCCUCAACUGCCUGCCAGAUGUGGAGAAGGCCACACUGACACUUCUCCUGGACCACCUGCGCCUUGUGUCCUCCUUUCACGCCCACAACCGCAUGACCCCGCAAAAUCUAGCUGUGUGCUUCGGUCCAGUGCUGCUGCCUGCGCGCCAGACCCCCAGCAGGUCCCGUGUGCGCAGCUCGGGCCCGGGCCUCGCCAACGCAGUGGAUUUCAAGCGCCACAUCGAGGUGUUGCACUACCUACUGCAGUCCUGGCCAGAUCCCCAUAGGGGCCCGGAAGCCCCGGAACUUGCCCCGUGCCUUCGGCCCAAACGACAGCAGUCACUGCACUUACCGCUAGCGGCCCCUGAAGUGGUGACUCGGCCCCGAGGCCGCGGCGGCCCCGAGAGCCCCCCAAGCAACCGCUACGCCGGCGACUGGAGCGUGUGCGGGCGGGACUUCCUGUCCGGGCCCGACUACGACCACGUGACGGGGAGCGACAGUGACGACGACGACGACGACGACGACGACGACGAUGCUGACGCUGGAGCGCCCCAGGCCGCCGCCAACUUCGACGCAUUCGAGGCGCCCUUCAAUCCGCACCUGAAUCUCAAGGACUUCGAUGCCCUGAUCCUGGACCUGGAGCGAGAGCUCUCCAAGCAGAUCCACGUGUGCCUUUGAGGCCCGUCCCCCGU